CGCCCAUUUCGGUGCCAUGGUUUCCACUUCAACCCUUCCUAUAACGUCACGACUACGUGUGCGCUACGUCUACACAUAAACAUAUUGGAUGGGGCGUCCAUUGUGCCAUUGUUCAUCCCGGUUAAAAACGUGAAACCCGAAAGAUGGAUCGUGGGUCGAAACGGCGGCAGGUGAAGCCCCUGGCCGCCUCCCUCCUGGAGGCCCUGGACUACGACAGCUCCGACGACAGCGACUUCGAGGUGGAGGACGCCUCAGGGUCGGAGGGCAGCGGGAACGGGAGCGACGAGGACGGGUCCAAGGAGAGCGGCGGCGGCUCGGAGAACGACUCGGACGCCGGGGGAUCGGGCGACGAGGAGGAAGUGGAGGAGGAGGAAGAGGUGUCGGCGGAGGUGCAGGCGGAGGAAGAGGAAGAGCGGGGGAACGAGGGGAGCAAGGAGGUGACCCCGGAAAGCGCGGCGGUGGACGAGGAGGAGGUGGGGGAGGGGAAGGGGAAGGAGUCGCCGGACAGCGGCGGGAAGGAGGAAGGGGGCGUGUCCUCCAGGGGCAGGAGGCGGGGCGAGAAGGCGGCGGGCAGUCGAGCGGCUGGGGGCGGAGUCGGGGGCGGGGCCUCGGAGGAAGGGGGCGCGGGCGAGCCCAGGAAGUGGAACCUGCGGCGGAACCGCCCGGCGCUGGACUUCGCCACCAUGGAGGAGCUGAACGACAUCGACGACUACGACAGCGAGGACGACAACGACUGGCGCCCCGCCCCCGGCAAGAAGAGCCGGCGCGGGGGGGGGCAGAAGGGCGGGGGGGCCGGCGGCGAGGGCGGGGGGGACGGGGAGGACGAGGAGGAGGAGGACGACGAGGAAGGCGAGGAGGGCAGCGAGGAAGAGGAGGACGAGGACCACGAGGCGGAGGGGGAGGAGGACAGCAGCAGCGGCAGCGAGAAGGAGGAGAAGAAGCAGAAGCGCAAGGCCAAGGGCGUGGGUGCCUACGACGACGAGCUGACCAAUGACAGCCUGAGCCUGUCCCAGGGCAAGGGCAACGAGGAUUCCCUGCUGCCGGACCGAGCGCAGGCCUGGGGCUCGCAGAGGAUGGAGCACAUCCUGAUCUGCUGCGUGUGCCUGGGGGACAACAGCGAGGACGCGGACGAGAUCAUCCAGUGCGACAACUGCGGCGUGACCGUGCACGAGGGCUGCUACGGCGUGGACGGCGAGAGCGACUCCAUCAUGAGCUCGGCGUCGGAGAACUCCACGGAGCCGUGGUUCUGCGAUGCCUGCAAGAACGGCGUCCGGCCCAGCUGCGAGCUGUGCCCCAGCCAGGACGGCAUCUUCAAGGAGACCGACGCCGGGAGGUGGGUCCAUGUGGUAUGCGCGCUGUACGUCCCUGGAGUGGCGUUCGGCGACAUCGACAAGCUCCGCCCCGUCACGCUCACCGAGAUGAACUACUCUAAAUACGGUGCCAAGGAGUGCAGCUUCUGUGAGGACGCUCGCUUCGCCCGCACGGGCGUGUGCAUCAGCUGCGACGCGGGGAUGUGCCGCGCCUACUUCCACGUGACCUGCGCCCAGCGGGAGGGGCUGCUGUCCGAGGCCGCCGCCGAGGAGGACAUAGCGGACCCCUUCUUCGCCUACUGCAAGCAGCACGCCGACCGCUUCGACAGGAAGUGGAAGAGGAAGAACUACCUGGCGCUGCAGUCCUACUGCAAGAUGUCCCUGCAGGAGCGCGAGAAGCAGCUCACCCCGGAGGCACAGGCCCGGAUCUCCACCCGUCUGCAGCAGUACCGGGCGAAGGCGGAGCUCUCGCGGAACACGCGGCCGCAGGCCUGGGUCCCGCGGGAGAAGCUGCCCCGCCCGCUCACCUCCAGCGCCUCGGCGGUGCGGAAGCUGAUGCGCAAGGCCGAGCUGAUGGGCAUCAGCACCGACAUCUUCCCCGUGGACACGUCCGACGCCAGCGCCAGCGUGGACGGCCGCCGCAAGCACAAGCAGCCCGCGCUCACCGCCGACUUCGUCAACUACUACCUGGAGAGGAACAUGCGGAUGAUCCAGAUCCAGGGGAACAUCUCGGAGCAGAAGAACCUGAAGGACCAGCUGGAGGGCGAGCAGGAGAAGCUGCACGUGGAGUACAACAAGCUCUGUGAGUCUCUGGAGGACCUGCAGAAUGUACGGUCCUGCGGAGCAAAACUGAACUCCCCCGCCAUCCUGAAGGCUCCCAAGGAGAGGAAGCCCAGCAAGAAAGAGGGUGGGGCUCCGGGCAAGUCCUCCAAUCUCCCCGCCAUCCUCUACAGCUGCGGAAUCUGUAAGAAGAACCAGGACCAGCACCUGCUGCUCCUGUGCGACACCUGCAAGCUGUACUACCACCUGGGCUGCCUGGACCCGCCCCUCACGCGCAUGCCCAAGAAGACCAAGAACAGCUACUGGCAAUUCGAGUGCGACCAGGCGAGCAGCGACGAGGCCGAUAUCGCCAUGGAGACGCUCCCAGACGGCACCAAGCGGUCCCGCAGGCAGAUCAAAGGGCCAAUCAAAUUCAUCCCACAGGACGUCCCGCCAGAGCCCAAGAAGAUGCAAGUGAGGAGCACGGUGAACAUUCACGGCACGCGAACCAGAGGGCAGAAGCGCAAGCGGGUGUCCAUCUGUGAGGAGGAGAAAGUGGAGGAACCGCCGGCGCGGGAGAGACGGCAGCGGCAGACGGCCCUGCAGAAGAAGCCCAAAGCGGACGACACCCGGACCGAGUGCGCCACCUGCAAGGGUCCGGGGGACAACGAGAACCUGGUCAGGUGUGACGAGUGUCGGCUGUGCUAUCACUUCGGGUGCCUGGACCCCCCGCUGAAGAAAUCCCCCAAACAGACGGGCUACGGCUGGAUCUGCCAGGAGUGCGACACCUCCUCCUCCAAGGAGGGAGAGGAGGAACGUGAGGAGGAACGUGAGGAAGAACGUGAGGAAAAACAUGAGGAAGAGGAGGGCUCUGUUAAGGAAGAGGUGGUGGAGCAGGAGAUCCCCAACUGAGAGUCUACCCCGACCCCCAAAAAGAGUUCAUCUUUUAUAUUUCUAUUAUCACUACUAUUUUUUUGUAACCUCAUAAAAUUCCAGGCGAUGUCAUCUCCAUUUGCCUGAUGAUAGCUGGGCUUGGGGGGUGGGUGGGUGGGUGGGGGGGGGGGGAGUCUGAUCACAUCAGAAGGCUGGUAAGGUGUUUCCUGUCUUACCCCAAUUGGGGGGGCUCUUAUUUCUGAAUGAUUCUUUGGCAGGUGGAAGGAGCAGGCAGUCACUCACAGGAAGUGGAUUUGGUGGUGAACAUCUUGUUUUGUCUGUAAUGUCUUUUUUUUUUUUAAGGGCUUUCAGUGAGGGGGAAUUAACAAGAACAUAUUUCAUUUACGCUGGGGUUAAAAUCUAAUACAGGUAGCUUAGCCACUGGGGUUAGACUGUAAUACAGGUAAACCCGUUUAUAGGGUUUGGCCACUGGGGUUAAGGCAGGAGAAUUUGGCGUAAUUGUUUAACUCCAAAAGUUAUACCCAAGUGAAACUUUUUUUUUUUUCCAUUUUGUGUCAAUCUAUUACACAGUUGAGCAUUUGUUAACAACGUUUAGCAUUGAUACAUUUUAAAGUGGAGUUUGCCGUUGGUAUUGUACACCGAAGUCCCACGCAUGAAUUUAAAACAGCAGCGAAAGUGUUUGACAUCAGUAUUACCGUUAAAAACAGACAAAGUGUUUGUUCAUCCGCCCUUUGAAGAUCACCUGUGUACCUGUGCUGUGUUCGUCCUCUCCGACACGAGGAUCAUUUGGGGUGGUUUUGACAAGGCCUCCCUGUACCUCUUAGAGACAGACCCUGCUGUACAGAACCUGGGUGCCACUACAUCGCCCAAACACCAGUGCUUUCCCUCCUCUGUGACUGUGGACUUUAUAUAUCGUUUUAUUGUUAUUAUUAUUAUUAUUUUUUGACUUACUACACGUUUAUGGUCAAACCCGUGUACAGUGCGCUCACUUGACCUUUCAGAACGUCCCUUCAGAGAAAAAAAGGUCCAUUAAUGGGUUUUUUUCCCGAGUGUACAGAGGUGGAGAGAGAGAUGAGUUCAUUCGUCGGCCAUUUUGUUUGAGAUGAGAACACGCCUACGUCUGUUCCGUUUCACCCAGAAUGCCGUGCGGCACAUGAAUCCGUAUUUAGGUAUUUUGUAAAUGGUAUAUUGCUAAAUAAAACACUCUUUAGUUGUGAAA